AUGGCAAAGGAGCGGACUGAUUGCGAGUUGGGGGCGCUCCCAUUUCACAUCGAGCGGAUUGCAUGGGCGAAAGCAAACGAAAAGAUCACGUCGCACCUGUGGUGGCCCCUGGGUCUGCCUCUUAACGCGAAGAAGAUGGCCGAUGACAUCUACAAGGAAAUUAUUAAGGAAAUGAAGGACGACGACAAAUUCGAUUAUGUCGCGGCUGGAAUUAAAAUCAAGGAAGAAAAGAAGGCCACCACCGAGAAAGACCCCGAGCUGCUUGGUGUGAGUGAUUCGCUUCCUUGA